AUGAGGGUCGCCAUCAUUACCAUCAUCAUCACUAUCUGUCUGAUCUCAGCCUCUUCUUCUUGUGGGACAUCUGUUAUCCGGACUGCAUAUAAAGGACAAACCAUCACUUUUCACUGUGAAUAUGAUCAUACGUUUCAAACACAAACCAAAGUCUUGUACAGAGUGAACGGAAAUCCUGUCCAUGUGCUGAACAGCUCACAAUCAUCACAAUCAUCUGAGGAGAAGUUCAUCCAGUCUGACAGUCAGAAAUAUCAUUUUACUGUGACCAUCAGAAACAUUUCUGCAGCAGAUGCUGGAGUUUAUUUAUGUGGAGUGGAGAGAUAUGGACCUUCACACACUAUUACUCACAUAACCUUCAUUAAAGAGAUUCAUCUGAAUGUUUCUGGUCAAAUAACUUCUGUCCAGGUUCAGGCCUACAUCAGUAAAUCAGUCUUCAUCACGUGUAAAUUUCCACAAGAAUUCAAAGGAAACAAGAAAUUCAUCCAAAUACAUUCAUCACAGAAGAUCCCUGUUGAUGGACAGAAUCAGUGGGUUCAUCAUGAUAAAGUUCAUAUGUAUGAUGAUACCAGAGAAGGAGUUCUGAAGGUUUUUAUCAGUGAUUUAACCGCAGCUGAUGAAGGAACGUACAGAUGUGGAGUGAAUAUCGCUGACGAUCAUCUGUUCACUGAAGUCACAUUGACAGUCAAUCAAGUUGAUCACUUUAAUGCAUCAAGCAAAUCAGCUGCAAUUAUUGGCGAAAGUAUGAACCUCACCUGCAAUUACCCUGAGAAACACGAGACCAUCAAACACAUCUGCAAAGAGAACAACGAGAAGAUCUGUCAAAACAUCAGUUCAUCAGAGAAGAACCGCUUUGAGUUUUCUGACAGUGCAGCAGGAGUUGUUAGAGUGAGCAUCAGUAAUGUGAGCCUGAGAGAUGCUGGAGUUUACUGGUGUGGAGCAGAAACCAGACACACGCAUCUGACUUCUGUUUCUCUCACCAAUAACCACGAGCUGAUCUUAUCCAAUAAACCCCAGCUGACAUCCAUGCCUCCACUGGUCAGACGUGAAGGAGAUUCAGCCGAGAUCAAAUGCCCUUAUAAUGCAAACUAUUCAAAAGAAGUAAAGCAUCUGUGCAAAGGAAAGUGUUUCACUCAAGAUGCUCUGAAGAUCAUUCAAUCAGAAGAUCAUGAUAAAAACCCAAAGAUUUCAGUAAAGGACGACACUGAACUCAAUCUCUUCACUGUGACCAUGACUGAGCUGAGAGCAGAGGAUGCUGGGAAAUACUGGUGUGCAGUGAAAGACGCGUUUGACCUUCCCAUUGAGCUCAUGAUCAUCAUGAAGGACGUGCUCGUCACCCGUAAAGCGUCUGUCGGAGGAUCAGCGUCCAUCAGCUGUAAAUACAUCAAGAAUCAAAAUCAGUGUUUUUUCUGCAGAGGAGAUCAGCCGAAUAUCUGCGUCAAAGACGGAGUUCGUGUUUCAUCAAAAAACAGAAUAAACGGCAGAUUCUCUCUGACUGACGAAACCUCUGCUGGAGUCUUUACUGUGAACAUCAGCAAUCUGAGAGCAGAGGAUUCUGGGAAAUACUGGUGUGCAGAGGAGCAUUCUGGGUCCUUCAUAUUCACUGAAGUUUAUCUACAUGUGAACGGAGGUAAAAUACUCUUUCAUUAA